CGUAUAGUGUAUAUGACUAUGGAAUCGACUUUACAUUUAAUCUUAGUUAAUUGAGCUCCAUUUAAAUAUGGGAUAUUUAAACAAAUAAGCAUUUAUCUGGAAAUCCAUCUAGAUGAACCCUUUCUUCAAUUGAUUCAGAAGAAUAUAUAAUAUAAAUUGUGUCCUCUUACGGCACGCGGGAACAACACGAUCAAAUAUACUGUGCGAUCUGUAGAUCAUUAUAACCUCAAAACGUUGCAUUAUGCAUAAUCAAUCUAUGAGAAGUAGCCUUUGAAUAUAGUGCAACUUUAAGAUAUUAUCGCUAUAUCCUUACUUACAUUUGCCACUGACAGAAUGGCAAUUAUGAAGAUAUUGUUACGACCAGACAUCGCGAGGUUUACGGGGGUUAGACAUCUAAGUUCUAAACCAAAAUUUGGUUUACUCUUUGAUAUUGAUGGCGUAAUAGUGCGUGGCAAAAAUGUAUUACCACCCGUACCAGAGGCUUUUAAACAACUUACAGGAAAAGAUGGCAAAUUUCGUGUACCAACUGUGUUUGUUACUAACAGUGGAAAUGCAUUACGUAGUCAAAAAGCAGCAGAUUUAUCCAAAUGGAUAGGAAUUGAAGUGAAAGAAUCACAAGUUGUUAUGGCUCAUUCACCAUUAAAAUUAUUCGAACAAUUUCAUAAUAAACAAGUAUUAAUAACUGGACAAGGGCCAGUUAAAGAAAUAGCUAAAGAAUUGGGAUUCAAAAAAACAAUAACUAUUCAAGAACUAGUUAAAAAUUUCCCAUCUUUAGACUAUGUAAAUGUGAAAAAGAGAAAUCCAAUAUGUGGUCCUGUGGAUCCAAAGUUUCCUGCAAUAGAAGGCAUUGUGUUAUUUAGCGAACCAAUUUCUUGGGAAACCCCAUUACAACUAAUGGUAGAUCUUUUAAUGACUAAUGGCAUGCCUACUGGUUUAUCUGAUAACAUCCCAUAUCCACACAUUCCAGUAUUGGCAUGUAAUAUGGAUUUAUUGUGGGUAUCAGAAGCACCAAUUCCUAGAUAUGGGCAUGGUGCUUAUCUGUUAUGUCUGGAAUCUUUGUAUAAAAAGGUUACAGGAAAAGAUAUGAUAUAUUCUGCUCUAGUCGGAAAACCUAGUGAAGUUACAUACUAUCAUGCAAAUCAGAUGCUCCAUGAGCAUGCUAGAAGUAUUGGAAUAGAUCAUAAUGUUGAUACUAUAUAUGCUAUUGGAGAUAACAUCAAUACUGAUAUUUUUGGUGCAAAUUUGUACGAUAAAUAUCUGGCAUAUUCCGCGAAAGAGGAAGCAUUAAAGUCUGAUAAACUGAAGAAACUACUGAACAAGGAUAUCACUCCGCCUAGCGCAAAAGCUUGUAUUAGUAUUUUAGUUGAAACUGGUGUUCAUAAACGAGAUUCGGAUUUUAUAGCGGAACAUAAUCCUAGAGAUUUCUUACCAGUCGAAGAAAGCCUGAUCAAGCCUGCAUUCGUAGUGGAACAUGUUGGCGAAGCUAUUAAAGUCGCGUUUAAGGAGGAAAAAUUCGACUGAAUUAAAUAUAUAUAGAAUGUAUUUUUAGACUUGGAGUGUUCACAUGCUAAUAUCGAUUAAGGGGAAAGAAAACAAGAGAAAUUAGAUAUAUCUUCGGUAAUGUAAGUAUUACGUUAAUUUCGUCAGCCUUUUUUUGAGGCAAGGAGCUGAAGAAAGCUGUAAUUGAUUACAUAGAUACUAUACUUUAUUGAGCGUUUUACUUUUUAUAAUCGUUCUCGUCACUUUUAUUUGCCAUUUAUGCCAUUUUAUCAAAAAAGGGGAAAAAAGAAUUGUGUCUAAUGUAAUCUUACGCUAAUUAGUUACAAAAUUUUUAUUUAUCAUUGCGAGUCAAUCAUAUUUGCGGGCAGUACAAGCUUGCACAUUAGAGAUAUUAAUUAUAGCUGAAGUGGUCUUUCAAUCUAUAGAGAUUUUUAUGUAUAUUCGAAGUUUUUAUUAUUUAUGUUAUACAAUUAUAAUAUUUAGAAAAAUGUUCGAAGAUAAUGUUAUAUGUAUAUAUAUAUGCACUCAUAUAUUGAAUGUAUACACAACAAUUUUUAGUUCUAUUUUUAAUCAUGUUAAUUAUGAUGUGAUAAUUAAAUUUUUUAAUAUUUCAUUUCAUUUCAUAAUCUUAUCGUUUGAUCUUAUAUCGUGAGAUUAUAGGAAGAUUUUCCUAACAGUCCUGAGUACGUAAAAAGCGUUCAUGAAAUGAAUUAAAAAAGAGAAAAAAUAACGAAAUACGAAGUUCACGGAAUGUGCUGUGUUUCAAUCGAAGACAAUUGUAAUCUAGUGAUAGACAGAUUAUUUAAACUAUUCUGUUUAACAUUCACUAGUGAAUAUCGCUUUAUACACAGAACCUUGUCUAGUCCUACCAAACAGUUUCACCGUGCAUAAUUGUAUCGACCCGUAGUAGUGAUCCGUUAUUGAAUGAGGCGUGAAUGAAUUAGUUACCAAAUUAUUGAACAAUUUCACCUCAAUCAUUAUAUACAUGUAUAAUAAUUUAAAGAACAGAGAAAAGACCACAAAUGUUCUAUCAAUGUGCAUCAAAUAAGUUUUAUGAAAUAUUAUAAACGCACACUAUAUAGAAGAAUUUGAUUCAGCUGAUCAUAGGUCAUAAAAAUGAAAUAAAUAGACCACACAGAAAUGAAAUGAAAACAAAAAAUAUACCAAGACGUCUAUUGAGGCGAAGACUGACCUACAUCGAUUACGAACAUUUUCAGUAGUCGGUCGAUAACUUGUUUUAACGUUAACGAAUUAUAAGAGAGGAAAAAAGAGAAAACAUUGUUUCUGCUAGCGAUAGAAAAUAACUUAAAAUUUUGCGAAAGAAUAGCGCUCCGCGAAAUUAGUAAUGCUAUAGAUAACGAAGGGCAAUUAUACGCAAUUAUACGUACAUAAUAUUGUAGAGUGUUGCGAGAUUGAAAGCAAUACAAAAUUACAUUGUUUUUUA